UUGAUACAUCCAAAAAACAGAAAAACGAAUUGGAACGCAAAAUGAGUGUAGAAAAAAGUCGUCCUGAAAAUGUUAAGCCAAAGUCUUUGGUUAAGCCACAUAUUAGCUAUGAAAUGCAUGAAAUGCUUAGGCAACGAAGCAUCGUAGUAACCCAAUCCGCAAGACUGUCGCUGUCAAAGCUCAUUUUUUACACGAAAGUCUUCAAAUCUGUCUCGUAGCCGUAACCGUGUAGCGAAAAUUGGUUUCGAAAUUAUAAGUUCCGGAACUUUAUUCCAUAGCCCAUCUCCCCCACCUGCUAAGCUGCUUCUCCGUCCCCAAAAGUGUUUUCCGAACCCUAUCUCGACUUUGACUCUCAAAAAGGAAAAAUUUCUCCACUCAAGACUUCAAACAUGGAAAAUUGCGAUGCCAACAACCUCUCUCUGGAUGCCGCCUUUGCCGAACCGAUUCUAGAACCUGUUGAAGCAGUUGAAGUCCCUUCGAAUCUCCCAGUCGACUGUAGUGCCCAAGUGGACGAUGGCGUUCCGUGUGAUUUCGUAACACAGUGUGCCACGGGCAGCAUUUCCCAGCCGGCUAUGACGACGGAAUGCUGCGGGGGCAAUCCGGCCCUUCCAAGGCAGCGAUCCCAGGGCAACGUGCCACAGCAAAACUGCUACAACUGCUCGUGUGGCCGCCCUGACUGCACUCCGGUUAAAAAAGUGCGCUACGUUCAGCCAUCGAGGCGGCAACCCUGCAAGCCGGUCUCGUGCUACAAACCGCCGGAAGUGGAAUUUCAAGGUGAUUCCGUGUACAAAACAUCGUUCAAUGCCGACCCGGCGACGAUCGUUUGUAAUGCGCGCCCACUGCCGAUACCGCCCCGGAACAAUCUGGCGAUGGCACCCGGAUGUCUGGAGCAGAACACCGUCACCUCGCUCUCUUACCCCGGAUACAACAAUGUUGAACGGCAGAAACCUAUCAUGCCCACCGGGAACCAGAUGAUUGCACCCGGUCCAAUCCAAGAGAUAACCACCACCAGACAUGACUAUGUCGCUAAAACGACACCCAAGCGCUACAAAAUCAUUCCUGAAGGCCACAUCCGCAGCGCGAGCGCUCCGUUUGAAAAGCAAACUGUGAACAAGCUCUCGUACGGCAGUCCCGACAUGGCUCACUUUACGCCGGCAAAGUCCUGUAAACCUAUUCGGCAUUAUACGAGGUCAGAAGUUCCAAUGGAUUCGGAAACGACGGCCAAACUGAGUUACCCUCCAGUUUGCCCGGCACCUAAAGAGGAUCAUCCAUGGGCCAAACGGGCCGGCUAUCAGCCCCCAUGCAUACCGAUGGAGAACGACACGACGUACAAGAAGAGUUACAUGACUAGCUGUGGCGCAGAGCGUCCUAAAAUGAUUCCGCCCUUCAAUAACUUACAUGUACCUGCUGAUUCCGGGUUUGAAUCAAAGACAGUCUACAAAGAAAGUUACCAUAGCGCUUGUGGCGAACGACCGCCAGCGAUCCGCCCUGUGGAACAGCUGCGGAUACCGCAUCAAAAGCUGGAAGAUGACACCGUUUACAAGUUAUCCUUCCCUACGUACUGUAAUACGGAGCGACCUGCACCGAUUGUUCCUAGACCUGCACCGCUUAUCGGAGAUGGACCGAUUCAGGAGAUAACGACCACCAGGCACGACUACGGUUGUAAGAGCGGUACCAAGCGUGAACCGAUCGUUCCCCAGAACCUGCUGCACAUUCCCCAAGGUAGACUGGAAAGCAACACCGUAAAUCGCCUCUCCUAUCCGGCCAACAAGGAGAACGUUCAGCCUCCGAAGUCUUGCAAACCGAUUCUGUCGUAUAAGCGGCCUGAAAUUCCGAUGGAGAGCGAAACAACGAACAAGAUGAGCUACAUGCCGGUUUGUCCAGCGCCAAAGGAGACCUACCCGUGGGCCCAACGAGCCCGCUAUCAGCCACCACCACUGCCAAUGGAAUCGGAAACCACGGCCAAACUGAGCUACCCCCCACCUGGUGAAUUUGUGGAAGAGUCGUGUGGUUCCGGACCAACUGGUGGCCCAUGCUGCCAAUCGUGUAAUCCAUCCAUAGUCAACUGCUGUGCGAAUUUGGCACCAGAUGGUGGCUGCUACCCUCGGGCGGCAAUCGUAAGCUAAAGGGUUGGACGAACCAUUAAAGAAGCAAACUGGAUCGGAUCAUAAGUAGCUACCAAUUACCCAUGUACGUACUAUGUGUAGAAUGGAAAACUGUAUUAGCAGCAGCAUACCAAAUUUUGUACCAUAGAUUGAAGGAACAAAUUCUUCAUGUAGGAUAACAUAUUUAUUGAAACUUUAUCUUUGUAGUUUAUAUUUUACGUUAUCUGUUUAGCGAAAAUUAUACGUCCCGUAAGACCAAAACAAGAUGCCUUACUAUGUGUUCCCAAA